AUGGGGAGCACGUUCGGCGAGCUGGGGUACGCGUGCGCGAUUAACGUGGCGGUGCUGGCGGGCAUGCUGGUGGCGUACACAAUCCUCUCCAAGCAGCCGCUCAACGCGCGCGUCUACUUCACCAAAUGGUUCUCCCUCAACGACCGGGUGCGUGCCUCCACGACCGCCGCUUCGCCUCGCGCCGCCAGCAUGUCCGUUCCUCGUCCGCCCUGCCCGCAUUGCCCGCUCCUUCGCUCCCCCCGUGCGGCACGAGCCGCCUUUCCCGGUCCACGGGAAGCGUUCACAAGCCUCGCCGUGUGCCCUCGGUGCCGCACCCCCCCGCCUGCUGCAUCCCUGCGCGCCUUCCCAUGUGGCGCGCCAUGCAGAGGCGCACCUUCUCACGUGGUGCGCCAUGCAGAGGCGCGCGCUGUGGAGCGCGCCGGACGCGACGCGUGGCCAUGCCCCUCUCGUCGACUCCUCGCCGCACCACCAUCGCUCAUUCCCCCGUCUCAUGUCGCCAUGGCCCUCCUAAAUCCUCCCCUCCUGCUCCUCCCUGCCCCUCCUCGCCCCUCCUCGCCCCUCCUCGCCCCUCCUCGCCCCUCCCUGCCCCUCUCUCCCAUCCCACCCCUCACGAGGCAGGAGGCGGCGAAGUACGAGAGGGUGAAGAUGAAGGGCGGCAACGUGGAAGCAGCGGAGAAGUACGAGAAGGUGAAGAUGAAGGGCAACGUGGUGAAGCGCCGCCAGUGGCUCAACCUCUCCCUGCGCUCCUACCGCUCCGCCUUCUCCUGGGUGGGCGUGGCCCUCGCCAUGCCCGAGCGCGAGCUCAUCGCACAUGCUGGGCUGGACAACGUUGUCUUCCUGCACGCGCUCAAGCUGGGGUGCGUGCGUGUGGGUGGCACACGCUCAAGCUGGGGUGCGUGUGGGUGGCACCAAGGUUCAAAAAAACGGUAA